AUGUAUCCGUACCGUACAAGCAGACUGGGUGGAAAAAUAACCAGGGGAAGAGGAAAGGCAGAUGUUUCCCGAAUCCCGGGACCGAAUUAUACACUUCCCACGAACCAGGACAGAGGUGCUGGGAACCAAAACCUUCCGGACGCAGGAAAGCAUAAUGAAGACAUGGCGGCCCAGCACUGCAUCUUGUAUGGCCGGCGGAACCUCGGUCCUGCUCCAGAUGCAACAGAAGACAUCCAAACAUUGGCAUGUACUGAAGAGCCCGCUUUGGAGGUGGUCGCUCAAUUUUUUGGCCUUGGCUUUCACUUGGGUAUCUUUGGUACGAGGACUGUAAAAUACCCCAGCUCUGCAGGGAUAUUUCGUGCCAGUGAGCUGUGUCUUGAGCUAUCGUAA